CGGAAGGUCAACCACCAAAAUCAGUGUGGUAAAUGCCGGGGAGCAUUUACCAGUAUUUUAUUAAUAAUAGGGAUGGUACAAAAGAAGUAAAACUCAGAUUAAGGGGGCCAAACCUGACCUAAUCUGAAACAAGUAAAAACAGACUGAAGAAGAAAAAAAAACAGAAAGAAAUUAAAAUCUGAGAGAAGGGGUCCCAAAAUAAUCCAUCCAAUAGGCCCUUUUAGCCUGGAUAGGUAAAACAUUUGGAUCAUCAAAUUUAAUCACCCUUAGAGCUCGGCCCACCGCUAAAAAAUGCGCAACCCAAUUCCCCUCCCUGAGAGUAUGUAAAAUACUGAUCCGUUUCCUAUUCAUAAUCUCUGAGGUUUCCUGAAUCAGAAUUUUCCAUCUCCGACAAUCCUUGCGUGAAAAAUACUCCAGCAGCAUGAGGGAAUCGGUCUCCACCUCCACAUCUUCAUAUCCUUCAUCCUCCACCCAUCUUACCACAAAACACAGGGCUUUAAUUUCUGCGUCCAAAGCUGAAUCAGCUUCAAGAGGGAAGGAGAUAGCCUGAAUCAUCUGACCUGAAGAGCUCCUAAGGAUCGCACCCCCAGACGCUAAAUCAGAUAAGUAACUCGCGUCAAUGUUUAGCUUCCAUCUUUGCUUCGGUUUUCUCCACUUAAUAAUUUGAGGCCGUGUGAUAUUAGGCUUGUAAUAUCUUGGAAUCAGUUUUUCUUCAAAGAGAAUGUCACCAAUCUGGCGUAUUUUGAGACCUGAUAAGCUAACCGCCCAUGAUUGAGUGUACAUUUUGAUUUGAAAAAUAAUCUGAUCUGUGGAAGGAGAUGAAUCUUCAUUACCCCAAAUAAUAGAAGAGUAUACUUUCCAAAUAAACCAAAGUAAUAUACCAGAUAUGUUCUGUCUAAAAUAUUCAGAAGACUAUGACCUCCGUUCUUCAUUCUUAGGACUCUAGAAAUAUUUAAAUCAGAGUUAAGAGGCAUAUACAGCCCCAGGAUUCCCCAAAAAUAUCUCCACACACCUUCCACCACAUUACAUUGAAAGAAAAGAUGAAUCAAGGAGUCAUUUUGUCUUCUACAAAGAGGGCACAUAGAAGGGUUUAAUACCUGCUUAAAUCUUCCAAGCUUGUCCGUAAUAGGGAUGAUACCUUUUACAAUUUUCCAUUGAAAGAUCUUAAUUUUCAGUUCCUGUUUGGAUUCCCAAAUAUUCUUGUACAACUCUGAACUGACUUUGUGAUCCCUGACAGCUUCAUAAGCAGAUUUGAAGGAAAACAAACCAUCUGCUUCUUCAUCCCAGAUUAAAUGACCAGAAGGAUUAAGAGAACAAAGAAUGGAUGCUUGCUGGUCAAUAGAACAAAUUCUCCUCCACACUGCUGAGUCAGUCACCUUGGAUGCAGAUCUUCGUGAAAACCCUAACCGGCAAGACGAUCACUCUCAAAGUCGAGAGCUCCGACACGAUCGACAACGUCAAGGCCAAGAUCCAGGACAAGGAAGGAAUCCCUCCAGACCCGCAGAGACUCAUUUUCGCGAGAAAGCAACUUGAGGAUGACGACUACCCUGGAGGUGGAAAGCUAAGCUCAGACACAAUUGAUAAUGUGAAGGCCAAGAUUCAGGACAAGGAGGGGAUUCCAGCAGAUCAGCAGAGGUUGAUCUUUGCCGGUAAGCAACUGGAAGAUGGCAGGACCUUGGCCGACUAUAACAUUCAGAAGGAGUCCACUCUGCACCUUGUCCUUCGUCUCCGUGGGGGUUUCUAAACAGUUUCUUUAGCUUUGUUGUGUUUCAUCCAAGUCUGUCUUCCCUUUGUGUCUGUCGUGUCUGUUUAAAUAAUUGAAUUUUCAUUUGUUUAAAAACAAGGUGUUUGCAAUGUUUCUUUGAUUUAGUUUGUUUUCCCAGCAAAAACAAAAAAUGCCGCCGGAAAGCACGACUUGGAAAAACACACUGUUCCAUACAAUUUCCUACAUUAUUGCGU